CUCUGUGCUGGGCUCGUCCUUGUCUCUGUGCUGCGCUCGUCCUCGUCUCUGUGCUGGGCUCGUCCUCGUCUCUGUGCUGGGCUCCUGUUCAUUUCUUUGCUUGGCUCGUCCUCGUCUCUGUGCUGGGCUCCUGUUCAUUUCUUUGCUUGGCUCGUCCUCGUCUCUGUGCUUGGCUCGUCCUCGUCUCUGUGCUUGGCUCGUCCUCGUCUCUGUGCUGGGCUCGUCCUCGUCUCUGUGCUGGGCUCCUCCUCGUCUCUGUGCUAGGCUCGUCCUCGUCUCUGUGCUGAGCUCCUCCUUCUCUCUGCAAGUAGGACAAACAGGUUUGAUUGGCUUUCAGAGAACACUUUCGGUUUCAUUCCUUCCUGGUUUCCAGCCAUGGCGUCUGUGAGAGACGAGCUGAACUGCUCCAUCUGCCUAGAGAUGUACACAGACCCCGUCACGCUGCCUUGUGGACACAACUUCUGCCGCGCUUGUACGCAUCAUUACCUGAACACGCAGGCGUUCGGAAUUCACCGCUGCCCUGAGUGCAGGUCACCAUUCCAGGACCUCUCCACCCUGCAGAAGAACGUCACUCUGUGCAAUGUGGUGAUGCAUUUCAGAUCCAUCCAAGGAAACGAGGUGGCGGGGGUCUCCUGUACAUACUGUAUCCGCUCCUCUGUCCCCGCCAUCAAAUCCUGUCUGCACUGCGAGGCGUCUCUGUGCGCCGAUCACCUGCAUGUCCACAGCACGGCGCCAGAACACGUCUUAUCGGCGCCCAGGACUUCCCUGGAGAACAGGAAAUGUUGGGAUCAUAAGGAAAUCCUGAAGUAUUACUGCCGGCAGGACUCCGUCUGUAUCUGCGUAUCCUGCCGGCUGGACGGGGACCACCAGGGCCACCAAGUGGAGUCGCUGGAUGACGCCUCCGAGAAGAAGAAGGAGAAACUUCGAGACGUCCUACAGAAACUGACUUGUGAGAAAGAGGAGAACGAGAAGAAGAUCCACAAACUGUGGGAACACCGGAGGGUCAUCAGGGAGCAGCAGGCCUUGAUGGUGAUCUCCGACUUGAUCCGGCAGCUGGAAUUGAAGAAGGUGGAUCUCACCGGGAAGAUAGGCCACGUGGCAGAGUUGUGCAUCGAGACCGACGCUCUAACCAUCUUACUGGAUCGCGAUUCGUACAUUUGGGGUAACGGCAAUGGAGACAAUGAUGCUGUAGAAGAUCUGUAUCAAGGUCUGAUCUCCGAGACUCCAGACACCGAGAGAGAUGAUGUCCCUGAAGACACGGACAUGACAUUCGACCUGGAAACGGCUGCCAAUAAUGUUCGUGUGUCUCCGGACUUGAAGACCUUGACGUGGUCAGCGGCUUACCAGAAUCGCCCGGAAACUCCGGCAAGGUUCCAGUAUAAUCAGGUUUUGAGCUCCCGGAGUUUCUCUUCGGGGCAGCACUCUUGGGAUGUGGAGACCAGUGAAUCCGGGGACUGGAGAAUCGGGGGGGCCUAUGGAAGUGUGGACAGACGAGGCGUUCAGUCCUACGUGGGGGACAGCAGCAAAUCCUGGUGUUUACGGAAACUCUACAAUAACCAAUAUUCUGUGAUGCACGAUGGUAAAGUUACCACAACGCCCCACCGCUUCUCCUCGAAUAAAUUCAGGAUCUGUCUGGAUUACGAGGCCGGGCAGAUCUCCUUUUAUGAGCUGAGCGACCCAAUCAGACACCUCCACACCUUCGCCACCACCUUCACCGAGCCCCUCCAUGCUGUAUUCGGGGUUGGGUACUGGCUGUGCAAUGACGGUUGCUGGUUGAGGGUCGUAAUAUAGAAACGUAGACCUUUGUUCUAUUAAUGCAAAGAGCAGAAACCCAACGCCACCAUCCUUGUGCUUCCAUUAGUGCCUUGUAAAAUUAAAUUUGAACCCAAGGGGGGGCGCCUGCUAAGUGUAGCAUAAGCCAGGGUUUGACAAAUUUGCUUGGAAUCUAGGAGCCAGCUAAAUAAGUUAGGAGCCAGAAAACGCGCCCCGU